AUUACGCUGUCGUGGUUUGUUAGGGCUGUCAGAAGUUAGUCGUUUGUUGCACACUGGAUCCUUUCUCUUGAUAAUUAUGAUUGCAUAUAUUUUAUAUACCACUCUUGCAGGUUUGGCAGUUUUGCCGUUAUUCCUUUACUUAAGAAACCCUUACAUUAUGAACGAUAUAAACUACGCCAUUACAGCUCUUCGCAUCGCCAUGAAAUUAAGCAAAUACAAGAAACACAAACCAUUUUACAGUAUUUUGGAUUGUUUUCUGGACAAAGUGGCGAAGCUGCCGAACAAGAAGUUUCUGGUUUUCGAGGAGAGCUCAUUCACGUUCAGCCAAGCAGAUAAAGAGAGCAACAAAGUAGCCACAGCCUUAAGGACGCAUGCCCACUUGAAGGAAGGAGACACAGUGGCAGUCUUUCUGGAAAACGAGCCUAUGUUUGUGUGGAUCUGGCUCGGACUGGCCAAACUUGGAUGCACAGCUGCCCUGCUCAACUACAACAUCAGGUCCAAAUCUCUGCUGCACUGCUUCUCCUGCUGUGAAGCCAAGGUCCUGAUCGCAGGUGCAGACUUGCGAGGUGCGGUAGAGGAGGUGUUGCCCACCUUGAAGCAGCAGGGCGCCCGUGUGUUCAUCCUCAGUGAGGACUGUGAUUUGGAGGGUGUCGAAAACCUCUCUGACAAGAUUCAGCAGGCUUCGGACCAACCUGUGUCGCCUAACCUGAGGGCCAACAUUACCAUUAAGAGCCCCGCUCUGUACAUCUACACCUCAGGAACCACAGGACUUCCUAAAGCAGCUGUAAUUAACCACGAGAGAAUAUGGAUGGCGUCUUUUCUUCAGUCUAUUGCUGGCGUACGUUCAGACGAUGUCGUCUUCGUGUACCUGCCUCUUUACCACAGUGCUGGCUUUCUGAUGGGUCUUUGUGGAGCCAUAGAAAAAGGCAUCACUGUCGUUUUAAAACGGAAAUUCUCUGCCUCUCAAUUCUGGAAUGACUGUAGAAAGUACAAUGUGACGGUCAUUCAGUACAUAGGAGAGAUUAUGCGCUACCUCUGCAACACACCAAAGAGAGACAAUGACAAGGAUCAUAAAGUCCGAUUGGCUGUGGGGAAUGGAAUAAGAUCAGAUACCUGGGCUGAUUUCCUGCAGCGGUUUGGGGACAUUCACAUCUGUGAAUGCUAUGGAGCAACAGAGGGAAAUAUUGGCUUUGUGAACUAUGCUGGGAAAGUUGGAGCUAUUGGCAGAGAGCAUUUUCUCCACAAAAUGGCAUGCCCUUACAAACUCAUAAGGUACGACACAGAGAAAGAGGAGCCGGUCAAAGACUCUAGAGGAUUUUGUAUUGAAGUCCCCACAGGAGAGACUGGUUUGUUGGUGGCGAAGAUUGGAGAGAAAACACCAUUCAGCGGCUACGCCAGAAACAAUCAGCAGACGGAGAAGAAGAAGCUGAGAGAUGUGUUUGUGAAGGGAGACCUCUACUUUAACAGUGGCGACCUUCUGAGGAUAGAUGACGAGGGAUUUGUCUUCUUUCAAGACCGCAUUGGAGACACUUUCAGGUGGAAAGGAGAAAACGUGGCAACCACAGAGGUGGCUGAUAAUUUGCUCAUGGUAGAUUGUAUUGAGGAGGCUAAUGUCUAUGGUGUGAAGGUGCCAGGACAUGAGGGGAGAAUUGGAAUGGCAGCACUGACGCUGAAAGAAAACAUGGACUUUGACGGCAAAGCCACAUAUCAGUAUGUCAAAAAAUCCCUCCCCAGCUAUGCAAGGCCACGCUUCAUUCGCAUACAGGAUGCGCUGGUAUUGACUGGGACAUUUAAGCAAAUGAAGGUAAAGCUGUGUGAGGAGGGCUUCAACCCUGCCGUCAUCAAGGACUCUUUGUUCUACCUGGAGGACAAUAAUGGCUACGUACCCAUGACUCAGGAGAUAUUCAACUCCAUCACGGAUGGCAAAAUCAGGCUGUGAAUGACUUCAGUCUUUAUUAUUGUAAAAGCUAUGAAACUCAGAUUGCACAUUUGAUUUACAGGAUUCCGAAUGAUGAUAAAUGACCCGCACACUGACCAUUUAUGUAUGGCACAUAUCAUGAGCUGUUUUAUUGUGUACAGAAAUAUAUCACAGAAUAAUUUUGUUUUAAAUACUUUUUAAUAAAAAGAUCUUAAAAAUAUGAUUGUAAAUGAGCAAAGCAAUCCCCAAAUCAUGUCAUAUUUGUUUAUUUUACACAGUUAGUGAUUUUCAAUUU